AUGUCGAGAUUCGUAUCGGCGGGGGCCAUCAACGCCGAAACAGGCGAGGCCGUGACUCAAGAUGCGACGGACAACACGACAACCACGAAUACGAAUUCCGGUGGUGGUGGGACCAAAUCCGCCGCCGAAGCCAAAAAGAGCGCCGAGUGGGACCUCGUACAGAAGGAACUCGACGCGGAGCGCAAGCGUCGCGAGGAGGCGCGCGUGAAAUCCGUCGAGGGCGGGGAGAAGAGCCUGUACGACGCUGCGUUUGAGGAGGCGAAUAAGAUUCGGAACCAGUUCCGCGCGCUGGAUGAUGAUGAGAUUGGGUUUUUGGAUGAGGUUAGGGAGGCGAAGAGGGCUGAGGAGGAGAGGGUGAGGAGGGAGACGGAGGAGGGGCUUGUUGCUUUUCGGAGGGCGCAGGGGGGUGAGACGGAUGCUGCGGCGCCUGUGGAUGGGGGCGAUGGCGGUGAUGGGGAGUGGGCUGUUGGGCCUAGGAAGAGGAGGAGGAAGGAGAGGGAGAGGGGGUUUGGGGUGAAGAAGGAGAAGGGGGGCGAAGACAAGGUGGAUGAUAAGAAGAUGGAGGAUACGGCUGACGCUGAGAAGGGAGCCGUGAAGGCGAGUUCGACUGGAGCUGCGGCAACGGCUACGACUUCGACUACAGCUACGGCUGCACCGGUGAAGGGGAAGCUGAGUCUUGUGGCGUACGGGUCUGAUUCGGAUGAUGAGUGAGAGGGGAUAGGCCGAUGGAUCCUGGGACUUGUUGUUCCCAUGCCAGAGCACUUAACGGGGUGCUAUCGUCAUGGAGGUGCUGCUUCAUCUGUAGAUAUUGAUACCUGCUUCAUGCUUGGCGUGUUCUCUAGCUCGAGCAAGUACACAACUUAUCCGCAAGAACCCACAGUCUCACGAUGCAAUGUGGACAGGGAGGGAGGAUAUCGGGG